AUGGCGACGGAAAAACAGAAACAUGAAGGAAGAGUUAAAAUUGGACAUUACAUUCUCGGAGACACACUCGGAGUGGGGACGUUUGGAAAGGUUAAAGUGGGCCAACAUGAGCUGACCAAGCACCAAGUGGCUGUGAAGAUCUUGAACAGGCAGAAGAUUCGCAGUUUGGACGUGGUGGGAAAGAUCCGCAGGGAGAUCCAGAACCUCAAGCUUUUCAGGCAUCCUCACAUAAUUAAACUGUAUCAGGUUAUUAGCACCCCGACAGAUAUCUUCAUGGUGAUGGAGUAUGUCUCUGGAGGGGAGCUAUUCGACUACAUCUGCAAAAAUGGAAAGUUGGAUGAGAAGGAGAGUCGUCGGCUGUUCCAGCAGAUUAUUUCAGCAGUAGACUACUGCCACAGACACAUGGUGGUGCACCGGGACCUCAAGCCUGAAAAUGUGCUGCUUGAUGCACACAUGAAUGCCAAGAUUGCCGACUUCGGACUAUCAAACAUGAUGUCAGAUGGAGAAUUCCUGCGAACAAGCUGUGGCUCUCCGAACUAUGCUGCUCCUGAGGUCAUCUCAGGAAGGUUAUAUGCUGGUCCAGAAGUAGAUAUCUGGAGCAGUGGGGUCAUUCUCUAUGCCUUGUUGUGUGGGACGCUUCCCUUUGAUGACGACCACGUGCCAACACUCUUUAAGAAGAUCUGCGACGGGAUCUUUUUCACCCCGCAGUAUCUGAACCCUUCGGUAAUAAGCCUCCUUAAACACAUGCUGCAGGUGGACCCCAUGAAAAGAGCCACCAUCAAAGAGAUUCGAGAGGAUGAGUGGUUCAAACAGGGCCUCCCUAAGUACUUGUUCCCUGAGGACCCCUCCUACAGUAACAACAUGAUUGACGACGAGGCCCUGAAGGAGGUAUGUGAGAAGUUUGAGUGCACAGAGGAGGAGGUCCUGGCCUGCAUAUAUAGUCGCAACCAUCAGGAUCCAUUGGCCGUCGCCUACCAUCUCAUCAUUGACAAUCGUCGCAUCAUGAGUGAAGCCAAGGAUUUCUACCUGGCGUCCAGCCCCCCCGACUCUUUUCUAGAUGACCAGCACCUGACCUCGUCUGGUGCAGCUGUGGCCGGCUUCAUCAAGCCCCACCCUGAGCGUGUACCAUUCCUGUUGGCGGAGACUCCUCCCAGGCCUCGCCACACACUGGACGAAUUGAACCCCCAGAAGUCCAAGCACCAGGGUGUUAGAAGGGCCAAGUGGCACCUGGGUAUCCGGAGUCAGAGUAGACCCAACGAUAUCAUGUCGGAAGUGUGCCGGGCCAUGAAACAGCUGGAUUAUGAGUGGAAGGUUGUGAAUCCAUAUUAUCUACGUGUGAAAAGGAAGAAUCCGAUUACUGGGAUGCAAACCAAGAUGAGCCUUCAACUCUACCAGGUGGACAGUCGAACCUACCUCCUCGAUUUCCGUAGCAUAGACGAUGAUAUGUUGGAGGCUAAAUCUGGAACGGCUACGCCUCUCCGAUCUGGGUCUGUGGGCAACUACCGCACCACUAUUAAGAACGAUGUAGACGGGGCAGAUGCUCCGGCUACAUCUAGCAUUGUGCUCCCCACCAAGGCCGCAGAAAGCUCCUUAGCUUCAUCGUUGACCUCAUCCAUCGACUCAACGGGAGGGGGGGACACCACGAUUGUCCCACGACCAGGAAGCCACACCAUCGAGUUCUUUGAGAUGUGCGCAAAUCUUAUUAAACUACUUGCACGAUAGCUUGCAAAACAAUCGCUAGCCUUUUUUCCUCUCCGAGUGUCUUUAUAGCAAUAAGCAUGCAACCGAUUCAUGGCUCAAUUCAUCCCAGCUGAGGAUGAAGUGAUUGUGCCAUGGCACUGAUGCAGGUUAGUGUUCCCUAAGCGGACGGGAUGUAUACUGAGCUGGCAGGGAAUGUAAGGGGUCAUUUGGAAAGAUGAAAGACGAGCUACUUUACAGCUAGGACAGAACAACAUUUAAGAUGGAGUUUUACAAUUUCCUGAUCAAUUUAAUAGCAAAUGUCCACAUCCCAACUACACAUAUAUACGCAAGUGAUUACACUGAAUUUUCUGUACUGUAGCCAGUGAGCACUGCUUUCCAGUACACAGAACAAGAUCAAGGCCUGCAGAGAAGGAAGCCACUCGUUGAGGGUUGGGUGUUUGGGUGGCAGUCGUAUAGGAUGCAGGAGGCACUUUUGCACAAGUUUCUUUAAUUUCCUGCUGCUCUUGUUGUUCUCUCAGUGGGGAUCAGAAGUGGUGCAGAUGUAGGGUUGUCCGGCCCAUCACAUUCAUUGGACUCUGAGGAAGUGCAAUGACCCCUUUUUUUUUUUUCUGUCUCGUCAGGGACAAAAGAAUGCUUCAUCACAUUUAUGUUUGGUUUUUGAAAUUGUCAGAGACUAAAUGUUCAUGGUUUUGUCCUUGUUGUACAAAUUUGUUUAAAUUUGUCUGUCCCCUACAUUUUUAUAUAUAAAGACGUGAAUAUAUUUAUCAGUGGACGGAGUAUUGCUUCUAUUGGAAAUGGAAAUGUUUGUUUUUUUCCUUUAUUGCAUCAAGAUCCAUUGCUGGAUGGUAUAUAUUUUCCUUUUUCUUUUUUUACUGUCUGGUUUUAAAUCAAUAUCACAGCUUUGUUUCCUUCAAUCACAAUUAUUCUGAUACUUGAUUGUCUUUCCAGAUAAAUAUAGCCUGCUUUUACCAUUUAAGAGGUAUUUUGCCAUGACAGUCAAAAUCUAGAAAUAUAUCAUUUUCAGUGUCGCAUAUUAAAACGACAAGUUGAUUUUGACUUUUUUUGAUGUAUUUUCUCUUGUUUUUGUUAGAUUAAUAAUUAGGAUUGAAACAUGAUUACUGAGUGAAAUGCCUUUUGCCUACAUCCAAUUUGUAAAUGCCAAUCCAUCACAAGUGUAGAGGCCUCAGGGCUCAAUUUGAAAAUGAGUAGCACGUACAUGCGGUGCAUGGACAAUGUCUAUUGGCAGACAUCCAGAAUAUUUUCGUCUUUUGGAUUUGUUUUUAUUGCUCACUCAUUCCCUUGGCAAAGUUUACAUAUGAAACAAACUUGUGAGCUUGUAAUUGUAACGUCCUGCUGGGUAGAUCGUGACUCUGAUGGAAGAAAAAACAAAUAUCACAAGCAUUUAGAUCAGAAAUGUGUGGGUGAUUUAUAUUUGAUAAAACAUGUCAGACAGUACCGUAUACUUGCAAGUUCACAAAGUCUUGGAUAUGUGUUUGAUCACCAGUGCGAUGCGUCUCCCUCCAUUUCCUGUCCACAGUCUUAAAGUUUUAAGCGGUUUCUGUUGUUUGGCUGCCUUAUCAUUAUCAGUACUGUUAAUCGGUUUUUAUGUCAGUAAAAGUUGCAAUCCAGUGCUGGUCAGAAUUAUUGCCCCCUUUUGCAAUUUCAAGGGUUUGAAGUCCACAAAUUAUUUUGUCAAUGUAAUUUCACAAUCACUGUUAGAGUAAAAAAAAAAAAAAAAUCACUGAUUAUUUUAAGUGUUUGCGUUACAAAAAAAAGAAAGUUCUUGACUACAAAACGUAAAAUAAAAUUCUGAUUGUUGCCAAACUACUGAAGACCUCAGUAAUUGCUUUACAAUAUGGUAAAAACUAAGCAAAUUUGAACGGUAAACUGAUUUCUCAUAUAAUCUUCAUUCUUGUCUUAAGUCAAUUAAACCGGGUUUUAAAGAACUUUGCAUGUUCCAAUUGUAAUAUCAGACACAAGGUUUAAUUUUAAUUUGAGUUAAGAGGUGUUAGCAAUUACUCAAGUCUCUGUUUCCAGUGUUUAGCUCUCCACAGCUUUAAAAACCUUAAAUAUCUCAUUUGUAUAAACGAUUUUACAUUCAAGAGAUAUAAUAAAACAAAAAUUGCCAAGAGUGACAAUAAUUGUGAUCUUGUUUAUUUUUGCUGUCCUGUGGGAGGGGGGCAGGUUUGGGCUGAAAUAUUUAGUUGAUAUUUGACCUUUUAUGUCUCAGUUUUAAGACUUUAUGAAAUAUAGUGAUCAUGGUAAAGAAACCCACUAUGUUCUUGGGAAGAUAUUGUAAAACUAAACAUUUUUAGUUUUUAUAGGGCAGUUGCAAGUUUUGAUUACAAAACUUUUCUUGGGUUUUGUAGGAAAGAUGAAUGUGUGAAAGCGUGACCUUUUUGACAGUUUUAUGGAGUACUGUCCUCGUGGACUGUUGGCAGAUAUAUUCUGUCAGUCUAUUUGUUUUGGACUUCUUCAAAGAAAUAUUGUUCUAUUUUUGUUUGGUGUGUAAAGGGACCCUACCAGAUUGACCAGUGUAAAUCUGAAUGGACAGUGUUGAAAUCAUUUGUAUACACAACUGCCUAAUAAACUGCUAAAUUGCACACAA